CGACAUUAUAAGGAGUGAGUGAUUGUCCCUCGGCCAGUACAGAGCCUCCACGUCUUGAAGCAGAUUUGUACCACAGCAAGAUUUAUCAUGAUGCUGCUCAUGGUGAUUGUGCUGUGCGCCGGGCUGGUGGGAGCUGCCCCAGGUAAGCAGCCGAGGGACGAGAGCCUGAACCACUACAUGGACCUGGUGAUGGACAACCUGCAAGUGAUCAUAAUGGAGAACGGCCUCGACCCCGUUGCCCUUCCCAACACCUCCAUGGGCUUCAGCGAUGUGGUCCUGGGCGUGGAGUGGCAUGGUGAGGCAAGUCUGUACGACGGGUGGCUGCGAGGCCUGGCGACCAUCCACCGCUCCGUGGACGCCGACUUCAUCAGGAAUUCAGAGGGUCGCAUUCUGGGCAUUCAGACGGGACUUGCCAUCGGAGACAUGGAGGCCCAUUAUGUGUGCCUGGCGAAGUUCAUGGACCUGGGACCCAUUGUUAAUGUCUUCGUAGAAGUUCAUGGAGCAGAUGUUUACUUCGAAGCUGUCCUAGACCCCGUGGAAUGCAAAUUCCGUGCUGAAGUCUUGGAAGUAACCGAUCUUGGGAAGAUCAACGUGACCAUUGAGGACCUGGGAGCGCUAGGCUGGAUCAUCGCCUCCUUGAUAGACUUCGUGAUGAUAUUCAUUGGAGGUUUCAUCAGUAACAUUGUGGAGACCGUCAUCAAGGACCUGACCAACAGCGCCUUAGACAACGUUGACCUCGGGAUUCUUGGGGUCGUCCUGGGGUGCGAGCGACCUGCUCUUCCACACGUCCCUCUGUAAGACUUAUGCCAUAUUCUUGAACAUUUCGGUGCCCAAGCUCACAUAAUUUUCUGACAAGGUUUUCGUGGGAGUUUUGAGCAUUUCCAGUAGUAGCUUUAUGAUCCUGAUGGUAGUUGGACCCUUCUUCUGUACCAUCAACCUAAAAACACUCAUUGAUCUCCUUUUUGGCCUUUGGAUAUUGUUGAUGUGAGGCGGAGGAGUCUGAGAAUACCGACCUCAUAUCCUGCUGCGGCUCUUCCUCUGUCUUGAUGGCGUCUCACCAAUAAAUGAUGAAAAAACAA